AUGAGUCGGGGGAUCCGUCACCAGUUUGGCAGGACAGUCAGCAUCUUGUUCAUGGUCGUCUCGGCUUCGCAGUUCCACUGGCUUUUCUAUGCUGGCAGGACCUUGCCCAACACCUUUGCUCUCUCCAUUGUUAAUGUUGCAUACUCGUACUGGAUGAAGGCUUCACCCUCUUUUCAACAAACGGGUACCAGGCGCGCAACAGAGUGUUCGCUGCUCCGAAUGAUCGACUGCCUUGUCUUUGCGACGGUUCUCUUCAGAUCUGAGAUCCUGAUCCUCAUGGGUCCUAUUAUUCUUCUCGAGCUGGCUAUGACCCGUCUUGGAUUCUGGACGACAGUUUUGGAGGGAAUCAAGGCUGGUGUUGCCAGUGUGGCAAUUGCCAUUGCGAUUGAUUCGUGGUUCUGGCAGACCUGGAUGUGGGCCGAGGGAGCAGUCUUUUGGUUCAAUGCCGUUGAGGGCAAAUCGGUCGCCUGGGGAGUUUCGCCCUGGUACACUUACUUCUUGGUCCUCUUGCCCAAGAUUGCAGGAUUGGCUUUACCUCUGGCUUUGGCGGGAACGGUCGUGGAGCAGCGGUUGAGACGCUAUCUCUUGCCUGCUGGUGUCUUUGUCACCCUGUACUCGUUCUUGGGACACAAGGAGUGGCGCUUUGUCAUCUAUGUCGUCCCUCUCCUCAACCUCGGUGCCGCCAUCACCCUUGCUUGGAUUUUGAAGCGCAAGACGAUUGUAUAUAAGGUGUUGGCAGUUGUUCUUUUGGGAGCUGUUGGAUUGAGCUUCAUCUCAAGCGUUGCUCAAUCUGCAAUCUCCAGUCUCAAUUACCCUGGUGGCCAAGCCCUUCAACGUCUCCACAAACUUGAUCUUCACCGGUUUGCUGCAGCAGCUACGGUACAUAUUGACGGAGCAGCGGCCGAGACAGGAUGCAGCCGAUUUGGCGAGAUUGGAACCUCAGUAACCUUGCCUACAUAUUCAUACGAUGCUGCCCACAACCCCCCCUUCUUGCUUCACAAGCCAUGGACUUAUUCCAAGGACGAAUCGCACCGUCACCGUCGGGAUUACUUGCACUAUACCCACCUCUUGACUUCUCAACCUGCUUUCCAUAAGGACGACUUUGUUAUACUGGAGCAGGUCAAUGGCUAUGCGGGCAUUCAGCGUGUCCCACUCUCGCAGAUCAAGGAGGCCUGCCCUCGGGCGAUCAAGGAGUUGGUCUCUGCUGUGUCAACAGUAGUGUCGAGUCCAAAGGAGUCUGUCGCCUCGUUGUGGACUGCGUGCAGCCCACUUCAGGUCAAGACUGAAGGCCGGAUCUGGAUCAUGCGCCGUGUCGGUGCCAUGGAGAUGUAG